GUGUGACGCAGCCUGUGCAGAUGUUCCGUUUACCUUGGUACUAAACCUUUACAAAACUGAAAUGCCCACUAUCACUUAGUACGAAGUAAAUAUGGCAGGAAGACGACAUUCAAAUGAGUCCACAGGAACGCCGCCUCGUAUUGGAUUACAGGGGCAGCACAGUUUGAGUUGGACAGAUGACUUGCCAGUUUGUCAGCAGUCAGGAGUGGGAUUUUCAACUAAUCAGAUUUAUAGACUGGAUGGGAAUAGAAGAGAGGAUCACGAUUUUGAAGACAGGAGCUUUCACUUUAGUGAUUCUGGGACAGGGUGUUAUUUAUAUGGUGUGUUUGACGGCCAUGAUGGGAGUAAGGCCUCAAACUUUGCUGCUCAGCGAAUGCCAGCUGAGCUGUUGUUAGGUCAACUGGCUGGGGAGAAAACAGAUGAGGAGAUCAAAGAGGUUUUACACCAGGCCUUCAUCGCUGUAGAAAAAGGUUUCUUUGAAUCUAUGGAUGACCUUUUAGCUCAGAAAACCACUGCUCAGCUUCAGCUACCUGAGGGGUUAAAUGCUUAUGAAGCUUGCCAGAAGUACCCUGACAUUGUGAAUAAACUGCAGACUCUGGGGAAUGAGUUAUCUGGAGGCACGACAGCUGUGGUGGCCCUCAUAUAUAGAAACAAGUUGUAUGUAGCAAAUGUUGGUGAUAGCCGAGCACUGCUGUGUAAGACAGAUGAGCAGGGUAUUUUGAGAGUGUCCCAGUUAUCCACCGAUCACACCAUUGCCUCAGAGGAAGAGCAGAUACGACUGGCUCAGCUGGGCCUAGAUGUGGAGAAGUUAACCCAGUUGAGGAAGAUUGGCAACUCUGACAAUACACGUUGUAUUGGAGAUUACCAUGUGAAGGGCGGGUACAAAGACAUGGAGAUUCUUUGCUCUGCUGUUCGUGACCCAGUGAUUGCUGAGCCUGCAGUCAACAUGGUGCCAUUAGAUCAAAAUGUGCGUUUUUUGGUGCUUAUGUCUGAUGGACUGUACCAUGCCUUAGAGGCAGCCACAGGCACUGACCGGGUCAAUGCUGAGAUUGUGACCAUGAUUCUUACAGAGUUUGCCAUGCAGUCCACCCUGAAUGGUGUAGCCCAGGCGGUGGUAGACAAGGUGGUAAGAAAACAUCACGAUACUUUCAUGACUGCGGUAGGAGAACAGCAGCAGAGGUGUCAGACCAGGGGUGACAUCACCUUGUUGGUCAGGAACUUCAACCAACCCUUACCCAACUCCAUCAGCAGCCCAACUGGUGGUGGCAAGUUCUAUCCAGUGUCUGUACCUUACUACCAGCCCAGGUUUAAUAAUGUACCUUCUGUGAGAAUGCCUGCCAGCGGCACCACCCCGUUACAUGUCAACAUACCUGACAGCCCAGUGUCAGGCACCCCGACCCCCCAGACUCCACAAGGACCUCAGCUGCUCAAAGCCAACUCCACCCAACAAACCAAUGAUAGUGGGAGCUCACAGGCCACCGGUCAUUCUCUGAAUGCCACACAAACUAACACAAACGCUAGUACAAACUCCACACAGAGCAGUGGAGAGUCUCGACUGUUUGCUCAUCGCCAGUCCAUGAAGAACAAGUUGGAGCUGGACUCUGAGGGCAAAGUGGAGGCGUAUGUGGACUUCUCUGAUUUUUACAAGGCCAUGGAGCAGCUGACGGAGGGGGAUAGGGAUGCAUUAGACAAGGAGAUGCAGCCACAGUCAUCAUAUGAGCCUAUCUCAGAAGAGGUGGAGUCCCCAUCUACUGAUCACGAGACUGCUGAACCCCCACUGUCUGUAGCUUCGUGAUGAAGUGAUUCACAACGCACACUUGUUUAGCAGGAAAGUAAUAAUGGCUCUUGGUACCGUGACUGAAGUUUGCAGUACGAAAUAUAUAUAUAGCAAGCUUAAGGCGGUAGUUCAAAAUGUGGUUUUUGGGCAUAACCCGAAUUACUCUCUAAAAGGGCCUUAUUCUAAAGUGCCUAUUAAGAUAUUGAUAGAGGGUUUUUGUUUUUUUUUCUUUCCAUGUUUUUUCCCGGCCGACCCACCCUGUUUUUUUGUGAUAGGGUUGAUUUAUGGCCUAGAAAGAAUUUUUAAAAGAUGACCUAAGCAAAGCAUAUGUAUUUAUAAAUUGAUGGACUGGCCAUGCAUAAACACUAAGGAUUUGACGCUUCAAAAUUGCUAGCAUUUAAUUGUCCUGGUUCCACUUUCACAAGACUUCAAAUAUCAGUUGUCAACUUGUGUGAGGCUUUUGUUGAAAAUCACGUCGCCUUAUGGCACUAUAACGCAGAUAACGGUAUUAACAAAAAAGUUACGAGGAUUUUGAUUUAUGAAGUUUUGUGAAAGUGGGUUUAGGUGGCAAUUCUUUAAUAUGCCCAAACAUUCACGAUUUGUUGAUGUUUUAGGAUUGUCAAAUGUCUCUGGAAAUCGAGAGUUUUAGCCAGCUGAAUUGGAUCCAACAUUUUGCCAGAUCAUCUGAAUAAAUAGAUCGCUUUGUCCUGUCAUAUUAUAACUAGUGCUUUGUCCGUGCUUAUAAUUUACUACAGAAUGUGACUUGGAUCGGUCGGGGAGUUCUGUAGGAUGAAUAUUUGUUACCAUGUUUAACAGUGUUGAUGGAGCAGAUGUAUGUAUCUUUAAUUUAAGUUUAAAUAAAGGUUGAAAAGGAUGAAGUGACCGUCCGUUUUAGCUCAGUGUAGCUGAGAUGGCAACCCCCCAAGGUCCACGAUGAGCAGCGUGUUCUCCUCCUUGCUUAUGGUGUAAGGAUACUCAAACACGUAGUUAUUGGUCGAUUUAAAACCUUGUUUAAAAUAUUUUUUUCCAAUUUUCCCUUUGAUGACGUACAGAGAUGCUGUACAUGCAAUUUUUUUUUCUCAAGGAGAGAUCUUUACUACCACUUUGUGACAAGACGAUUGUCCAUGUUAUGCCGAAAGAAGUUUGUGCGCAUUACAGAUGGCAUUCUGCCUCACAGCUAGGACCCAAAUGGUCUUAGGUUGUUCAAGGAUUCUGUGGUAUAUGUAGCAGACUAGUUCUGAAAGUGGUGUAUAGUGAGGGAAGGGAACAGAAAGUGCUGUGAAGGAGCGUAACUUGUAUAAUUUGACGAACCACGAUCGAAUAGCACAUUGCCUAAGCUAAACAACAGAAGCUACUCAAUUUUAUACACAUGUACACCAAGCUCUGUCAAAUAUCGUUACUCCGUCAUUUUCUACUGUAUUAAAUAUUGCUUCAUAUCUCCAUUUGUUAUAGUCUUCUGUAUUAUUGAUGUUGAGGUAUCCCGCAUUUGAUGUCCCAGCAAUAUUUCGAACUGGUUCAAAUGGACCUUUAGGAUUACAUACACUAAUUGGAUGUGAAUUUGGAGAGGCUUCACUAAACUAGUGAGAAAUAAUGCAACACAGAACACUUUGGACAACAUAAUCCUGUAUUCCUAACUUUUGGAGAAUACUUUUUCGCGGUUGCCACUUUACCUGAUGAUGUAGGAUAGAAUAUUCUUCGCAAGCUAGUGAUAUAGGAUCAUGUGGUACAAAGUGGUUUUGUCGCAUUAUUCCAUUGACAUUGACUUUUUUGUUACUAUCUAU